UAUCCCCAGCUCUGAGUGACUCUUUGUGAGGUCGUCGACAGUGUUUGUUGUAUUGGAAAUCCUGGCAACCAUUAUACACUUCAGUAGCUGUAGAGGCAGGGGAAACAUGAGUAGCUGAAGCUACAGAGAGAUCAGGCCUUAAACAUACGUUUGUUUCAGAUAUUCAGGUGUCAUGGAGGUGCACUUUACUGGAGAACGGCAAGAAGCUAAAGAAGAAUACAAAGAAAUAAAAAGAAAAUAUCAUCAGCCGCACCUUGCAUCUUUGUCUGCAUUCUCAAUUGUGCCCUUAGAAAAAAGAUCUAAGGAGCUAAGUUAUUUCAAUCGACUGAAUAAGGAUGAACACGUUUCUACAUAUGACGCCAUUUUCAAGAGGCCACAAGAAUACAAUGAAAAACUUCACAGAGACGACAGAAAACAUGCAAAGCAUAAUGACUUAAAUAUUAAUGCUGAGGAAACCUCUCGACCAGUGGCUGUAUUGAGCUCCUCAGAAUAUGGAAGACACUUAAAUCUCCAUGUUGACAAAGUUAAUAGAGAUCAUGUUAGAAUUGGUUUAGUACAUGUGGACUUCCACCGCAAGAAUGGAAUUAGCAAUUCUGUAGAAGAAGGAUAUGGAUCUGUCAUACCAUCAUAAGUAAACUGUAUAGCCUGCUUAAUAAAGCACCUUGCAUCCAUUA